AUGGCUGGCCCCGGGGGUGGACCUCCUCGUCGGAGCCAUACCAAGUCCCGCAAAGGCUGCGAGACUUGCAAGCGGAGACACAUCCGGUGUGAUGAGAAUUUCCCUCAGUGCCGAAACUGUACCAAGCACAGCUGCCGGUGCCCUUACAUGGACAUGCCAGUUCAAGAGGACCGAGCAGCCACGCCCGAGAAGGCCGAUUUGUUAUGGACACCGGAAAUCGAGGCAGAGAUUGAACGCUGGCAGCAGACUGGAAGCUUCCCGUUCCCCGAUCUAUACAUCCACCCGGCACCCGCUCCUCAAUUCUUCUCCUUCGAAGAUCUGCGUCUUAUCCACCAUGUCGCGUCGGUCUAUAGCGAGCUUGGGAUCCACGACGCGGGCAACUUCACCAUCUGGACUCGUCAGAUCCCACUUUUCCUCAAAAUCGGAACCGACUAUGCAUUCGUGAUGCACGCAUUGCUGGCGCUCUCUGCAAAUCACAUAGCCUGGUUGACCGAUUGCCCGCUCACCGCGAACAUGGCCUACGAGCACCGCGGGAUUGCCUUGAAGGGGCUACAUGAGGCGAUCGGAACCUUCUCCAGGCAGAACUCGGAUGCAGUCCUCGCCGCCUCCUUGCUGCUAUCAUGGCAAGCGACUGAAUGGCGUGGCUGGACACAGCUGAUGCACGGGACCUCAUCCGUCAUCGAUGCUAUGCAGCCUUGGGAGAAAGAAUCUCAGUUCGGGGACUUCAUUGCCGAACAGAGCACAUUUCCCACUGCUCCUCCUUCACCAUCUCCGGGCUCUAACGAAUUGAGUAGCCCGCGCAAACAGGACCUGGAAUCCUUACAACAGGCGUAUGUGCAACUCCAGAAGGUCGAGAUUCACUUGCGGGACAACGGUGAGGAUGUGAAAGCCAUCCAACAGCUUAUGAGCUUCGUUCGCGGCGUUCGAAAGGUAUCAGCCAGUCAUACCGCUGCUCAACGAUUCGAAAUGCUGAACCCCCUCCGCGCUUGGUUGUUUUGGCUCCCAGUCAUGUUCUUGCAGCAGACCAGAGGGUCUCCGUCUGCCUUGGUCAUACUGGCUCACUUCUACACUAUCGCCCUCGUCGUCGAGCCCUUGUUUCCAGAGGUUGGUGCAGCCUACUUCGGCAGUCUGUCACUGGGACCAAUUGAGGAGAUUGCCCGAAGGUUGUUUUCAAUCAACGUUUCCCAGUCUUCGGACUCGGACAUGCAGACUCCGCUUCACCUCAUGGAGUAUCCCAUCGAUAUGGUCUCGAGAUUCCGAAGCCGGAUGGGAUGGGUUCAACCGGAGAGGACUGCGUCCUUCCCAACCUUCCAUGGCCACGAGUUUGGGAUGGGCGAGACCUAUUCCUCCACGAUUCCAGUAUCCCCGUAUGGCAACCCAGCUUUCGCGUACUCUCAAGAACACCUUAUGACCAUGGCCCCGGACCCAAGUUCUGCUACGGCCAUGAGUCCCAUCCCGCUGGAUCCGUUCACCAAUCAGUACCUGGGCGUCCCGUCUCCCAGUGGAUUCGGGGGAUACCACAGCCCAGCAAAUUCAACCUUUGGAGAAGCAUCAUCCGUCGGAUAUUAUUCUGAUCAGGCCGACGACUUUGCUCUCUAUGAUGGACAAGCGUCAAAUUACGGCGGACACCAGGGGUUUGUGCUUCCGACCACCGUGUGGAUCUGA